GACUUAGAAGCAUCACCGUGAAGGAGUAGAAUAGGAUAUAAGACGGUAGAAGGACCUAGUGGUGCUCCAGAUCGAGUGUGAAACCUUCCUGAUUCAACCAUGAAGUUCCUGUUUACCACCGUGAACGUUGUUGUUCUGCUACUUGGCUUCUGUAGAGCAGACAGUGCGUCCCCUCGUGAGCCUGUUGGUAGAAAUCUACACGGAGACGUCCCUCAUACUCUUGCCACUUCUGGCUUGCAGAAUAAUCUCCGUGUCACUGAUGUAAGAUUACGAGGAUUUCCGAGCAGAAGAAACAACGCUGGUGCUAGUAGCACAUUUGAGGGGAAUCUUAAAGGAUUUCCAGCAGGAGGCUCGACCGGGAUCGGCGGCUCUCCCGUUGGAGGUCUUGGAGGUUUCCCGAGAAGAGGCCAAGUUAGUAUCGGAGGUCUAGAAGAAAGUCUGAACGGAAACCAAGUCGAUACUGUUAGCUCUUCAUUUCUCGGACGUGCUGGGAUUUUGAACAGACGCCAGGGUCGUCUUGGUGGGGUACUGGCAUCCCAUGAUCCAUCUGGGUUUUUCCGUGGCUCCAUUAACUCCUUCGACGGUAAUAGGGUCUCAUCUUUCGACAAUUCAUUGGCUGUCGAUGGGGGUUUACCAGGCACAUCUGCGGUUACCUUUGGUGGCCGAGGUGCCUUCGUCAGUGUUCCUGUUAGCUAUGUGAACGGCGUUGACGGCUCCUUCGGUGUUCCUGGGGUUGGUAGUGGCGUUGGCGGCUCCUUCGGUGUUCCUGGAGUUGGUGGUGGAGUUGACGGCUCCUUCGGUGUUCCUGGGGUUGGUAGUGGCGUUGGCGGCUCCUUCGGUGUUCCUGGGGUUGGUAGUGGCAUUGGCGGCUCCUUCGGUGUUCCUGGGGUUGGUGAUGGCAUUGACGGCUCCUUCGGUGUUCCUGGAGGCUCUGCUGCUGGCGUUCAUGGCUCCUUCGGUGUUUCUGGGUUUGGUAGUGGCGUUGACGGCUCCUUCGGUGUUCCUGGAGGCUCUGCUGCUGGCGUUCAUGGUUCCUUCGGUGUUCCUGGCGUUGGUGAUGGCAUUGGCGGCUCCUUCGGUGUUCCUGGGGUUGGUGGUGGAGUUGACGGCUCCUUCGGUGUUCCUGGAUUUGGUACAGGCGUUGGCGGCUCUUUCGGUGUUCCUGGAGGCUCUGCUGCUGGCAUUCAUGGCUCCUUCGGUGUUCCUGGGGUUGGUGGUGGAGUUGACGGCUCCUUCGGUGUUCCUGGGUUGGUGAUGGCAUUGGCUCCUUCGGUGUUCCUGGAGGCUCUGCUGCUGGCGUUCAUGACUCCUUCGGUGUUCCUGGAGGCUCUGCUGCUGGCGUUCAUGGCUCCUUCGGUGUUCCUGGCGUUGGUGGUGGAGUUGACGGCUCCUUCGGUGUUCCUGGGGUUGGUGAUGGCAUUGGCGGCUCCUUCGGUGUUCCUGGAGGCUCUGCUGCUGGUGUUCAUGACUCCUUCGGUGUUCCUGGAGGCUCUGCUGCUGGCGUUCAUGACUCCUUCGGUGUUCCUGGGUUUGGUGGUGGAGUUGACGGCUCUCUCGAUGGCGCUGAUAACUACCUCACUGGUCGCGUCUAUAUCGGUUCUUCUAAUGGUCGUGUUGGGUAUUACGGCGGCUAUCGUGGUGUUUACGGGUAUUAUCCCACCAGGUAUGAACACGGUUACUAACUCACCCUUCUGGAGGACUUGA